AUGAGCAUUCCUAUUGGCUUGCGUAAUCGUUGGGAUUCUCCGGAAACAGAGCCAAAAAACAUCACCUCUCUUCGAGCCAUCGAGAAACUUCUCGCCGAUGCUAUUGAAGCACCUCGACUAGUCUUUUUUGAGAAGAGAACUAAUACCAUCGACCCUGCAUUUUAUGACUGUGUGUACUCGAUUGUCGAUUCGUCGGAAACGAUCACCGAACGAUGUUAUAGAGAUAUUGGCUGUUGUGCCAGCGGAUGUUGUACCAAUACUGAGUGGCAAGAAAAAUAUGGCUGGGCUGUGGCACUGAUCUGCAUAUUUUCUCUGGUUGUCAUUAUGACCGUGAUCUGUUGGAUGGGCAUUUGGCUGUGUAAUCGGAGGAAGGACAAGAACCAAAGGAAGGAGCUGUUGAAAUUCGGAAGCGCGUCUUCUGUUUCAAAUAUGUCGUUUGCCUAUCCAAUUGCAAAUGGACACUAUCAUUUCGGAACCGGACCAUUCCAAUCACCACCAUUAAAUUAUCCAACCAAAUAUUGA